AUGUUUUCAGAUCCCGGGGUGAUAGUAUGGACUUCCAUAUCAGCUAGCAGAGCUACGCUAAGAAACUCAGCCAUCGAGCUCAAACAGAUUCCAGUUGGCAACCCAGGCCCCGAUGAAGUGCUGGUUCAAAUGGAAUACUCCGGGGUUUGCCAUACAGAUCUUCAUGCCUGGAAAGGCGGACACGAAGGAGUUGGAUUGGUUGCUGCAGUCGGCUCGCAGGUGAACGGCCUUCGCAUUGGAGACACCGUCGGAAUACAGUGGAUUAAUAGAACUUGCGGCGUGUGCGAGUUUUGCUCUACUGGGAGACAACCGCUCUGUCCUAAGCUUCAGCUGUCGGGGUAUAUGGUCGAUGGGACCUUCCAACAGUAUUGUAUUUGCAAGGCUGACAAUGCAGUGCGCAUUCCGUCCGGAAUUUCUCUAGAGGCCGCUGCCCCGGUUCUCUGUGCCGGAACUACCGUAUACAAGGCCCUCAAAGAAAGUGAAGUCCAGCCAGGACAGAUCAUCGCCAUUGUCGGCGCAGGCGGAGGACUGGGCUCUCUGGCCUGCCAAUAUGCCAAGGCAUGCGGACAUAAGGUCCUUGCCUUAUCGUCCGGGGCCGCCAAGAGGCAAAUGUGUCUAUACGAUCUUGGAGCGGAUUACUUUGUCGAUUACAAGUCUCCGGACGUUGCGGAGGAGGUGAAGCGCGUCACCGGCGGCGGACCGCAUGCUGCGAUGAUAGUGUCAUCCGUGGAGGAGCCUUUCCACCAGGCUACACAGUACAUUCGCCCGGGCGGAACAAUCGUCGCUGUCGGUCUCCCACCUGGGAAAAUCUGCACUGACCUCUUCCAUAUGAUAACCCAGCGGAUUAACAUUAAGGGGUCCUACGUGGGGAAUAGAGAUGAAACCGAGGAAGCGCUUGCCAUCAUCAUAAAGGCUGGCAUUAGAGUUCAAUACGAGGUGGUUGACUUUUCGGAACUUCCAAAUAUUUACGACCAGAUGGAGAAGGGUAUGUUUCAAAUGCAAAAUAUGCUAGUCCGGUAUUAA